CGGAGAAGUGGCAUCGCGGCGAGCUGCUUAGCAGAAAGCACCUAAAAUCGAUAAUUGACUAUCGACUGGGAGAUUAAUGAUCCUCUUUCGUGCCCGACAGUCGCGCAGCUGUAUGUAGUUGCUGUUGGCCUGUUGUGUUCUUGUGAAGAAUGAACUAAGGUCCUUCUACUUUCUUCUCAACAUACUGCUGAUUCUUCUAUGGGCACAGUUUGAGGUGCAACAUCCAGUGCUGAGAGACUAAAGAGGAGAGAAGAAGAUGCCAGUUCCGCCUCCUCCCCCUCCCCCUCCCCCCACCUUGGCUUUGGCCAACACAGAGAAGCCGUCUCUGAGCCGGUCAGAACAGCAUGGCAGGAGCGCUCUCCUGACUGACAUCCAUAAAGGUGCCAGGCUAAAGAAGACUCUUACCAACGAUCGCAGUGGACCCAUUCUGGACAAACCUAAAGGUGGAGGUGGUGGAGGAGGUGGGGGUGGGAGAGGAGGAGGUGGCGGCAGCAGCGGUGGCGGUGGAGGGGCUCCUGCUGGUUUAGGAGGUCUGUUCCAGGCAGGCAUGCCAAAGUUGAGGUCUGCAGGAAGCAGAGACUCCAAUGACUCAGGACCGAACCGUGCCCCUAUGCUCCCUGGGGGAGGUCACAGCGCUGGCCCCAGACCCUUUGGUGGAGGUGCGGGUGGUGGGGGAGUCUCUGCUUACCCCCCUAGGUUCCCAGGUACUCUGCCUGGUCCCCGUAGCAGUGCCCCUGAUCUCCCCAAGGGCCGCCCCACAUCCUUAUCCAAACUGGACACCCCAGGGGGUCCACCGCCUCCUAUUCCCAAUAGUCCCAGACCAAACCAGGGCUUCCAGUCACGUGGAGGCCCCCCUCCACCAGUCCCCGGAGGUCCCAGACCGGGCUCGGCUCCAGGACCUUCAAUUCCCAGCCUUCCACCAGGAAGGCACGGACCCCUCCCUCCGCCGCCGGCAGGAUCCUCAGCUGGGUCGCGGACGGGAUCCUCUUUUCCGCCACCCCCACCCCCGAAUAUGUUUCGGCCUCCUUUGCCUCCAGCUCCUGGAGGGAGGCCCCCACUGUCUGACGAUCGCCCCCCACCACCUCCAGCCCCCAGUGGAGGUCAUCGACCAGCCAUGCCCCGUGAUGGGCCUCCCCCUCCUCCUGCUUUCAACUCCAAACCCUCCCCUGCCAAUUUGCCCACCCCUUCUCGUUUCUCUGGAGGUAGUGGUGCCCCUCCUCUCCCACCAGGCCGACCAGGCCCGCCUCCCCUCCCCCCGACCCCAGCUGGUGGGGACGAACACAAUAUCCCCCGCCUUCCACAGAGAAACCUGUCACUCAACAGCCAUGCUCCAGCCCCCCCACCCAGCCGGACAGGACCCCUCCCUCCUCCACCCACUGAGAGACCACCACCUCUGGGGAGAAACCAGACAUCGGCGCGCACAGGCCCCCUUCCACCACCUCCCCCCUCAGGUCGUAGUGGGGUUAGUGGCAGUAUGAGGUCAACAACAGCACCUCUUCCAAUAGGCCGGCCAGGUCCUGAGCCCCCACGUGGGGUACCUGGCACCAGACCCCCCCACUUGCCGGAUAGGCCAGGGACAGCAGGAGCUCCCCCUCCUCCGCCACCCAUGGGCAAUGGAUUUCAGAACUCACACCAUCACCAGCAGAUGGAUGAAUGGGAGAGUCGAUUCACAUUCCACCCAAUGUCCGACCUGCCUCCUCCGGAGCCAUACGUUCCAAGCCAGAAGACCUACCCCAGCAAGAUGGCCAAGGGUGAAGGCAGAGGCUCAGGUAAGAGGGAGCGAGGCGCUCCUCCGCUGCCUCCUAUACCCAGGUGAAGAGGAGGUGACAACAAUCACAAAACCCAAAAUUACUUUCUCUCCCUCUUUUUCAGUUCUUAUUCUGCUUUGAUAUGUGUGAGCCACAGUUUAUGGUUUAUAUUAAGCUGUGUAGAUGUGCUAUCGACCCUUAGGAAGGACAGACUCGCCAUUUGUGAGUUUACACUUUACAUCAGAUUACCUCUGAACCACUGUUAUCACAGCGUUUAACCAAAGACCAAACUCUCACCUCAGACCCACAGUUAGAUACUCCAGUGUUGUGGUCGGACAAAAUAAAGGUGGCCUCUUUUCAUUUAUCUCCAAAAAGCUUCUUUCUUUUUUUUUUGGCAUAGAGACAACUGCUUAUUUCAGAUUAACAUGAUGUAUGGUUGCAUUUCCACAGGUAGGCUUGAUUGGUGUGGGUUUAUGAAUGAUAGGAAACCUGUUGAGGCCGAAUAAGUGAGUUAUUUACUGAACAGUUAUGGAGAACAGUGAUUCUUUUUUUUUUUUCUUCUUUAUCACAAACUGUUGACUUCAGUCCUUACCCCGGUUACAAAUGACAACAUGGAUUGUUUCUGUGGCCUCACUAUGGCGGUCUUCUUUUGCAUGAGGGUGGGAAACUUAGAUUUCAGUUCACCGGCCUCUGGGUGAUGUAUUCCAAAGAUUUGUCUCCCUUUUGCCCUAUUUUACAAACCAGUAAGGUUUUUUAGAAUAGAAUAUAACCUUGGACCCAUGGCUGGUUGAUUUUCAAAAUGGCAGGGAGACAAACUUACAGGUUUGUUAAGACGCUUGUGUGGUUGCAGGUAUUAAUGGCCAGCCCUCCGUAGUCAACGCAGAAACAUCUGUGUAAAGCCAACUGAGUUGUCAAAAGCUGAUCCCUACUGGUGACAGCAAUGACAUCACCAAAUUUUUUGUUCAACAGAAACGUUGUUUACCAUGUCCUACAGUUAGCUUCACCAGUUAUGAAGAAACCAUCUCUGCCCAGAUCUUUCUUUUGAUCAGUGUUAUCUUUGUACAUUUUCUGUUCAGUAAUGUGAUUUCAUGAUGCAUACAGAGGUUAAGGGACGUAAUCAAACUGCAAAAAAAAAGUUUCUCAUCAGUUUGUGUUCAGCCGUAAAAUCUUUAUAAACAGGGUGAAAAACAUGUCGGUGCAAGCAAUGUCAGUCAGUGGUUUCAGAAAAGUACUAGAACGUGUCAGACUUUUAAACUAAUGCCAAAACAAUCAUGCUUGAUUCAAGAAAAACUGUUAAAACAAGCUCAUUUUGUAUUAAACAAAUUUUACCCCUGUGGCCAAUUUUGCAUUUUUACAGAACAAGGUUUUAAAACUUGGCACUAGAAGACAUGGCUUAAAACCCAUGUCUUUUGCAAUGCAAGUGGGCCUGUUGUGCCUUUAAAAAUGUGUGCCAGUGUUUCCCCAUUAUGCAUGGGACAACAAAAUAAACAGGGUCACUAAUUACAAAAAAUUUGAAAAUGGCAGUAAGGAAUAAUCUUGCUUUGCAAAAAUAUAAAACUAGAAUAAUGGUGCUAAAACCAAAAGUGGGACUGCAAACUGUCUCAAUAAACCCAAUCGCCAAACAAUUUGCUGAAAAACUGAUAGGGGGAAACACCGGUGUUUAGUUUGCUAAAGCCAUAUGUGCAUUACAGUAUGUGCCUUGUAUAAAUUUGGGGUCCCUGGCGGGACCUCCGAGUGGUACGUUUCAUAUGAUUGUCUUAUUUUGAGGCAACCAUGAAUGUAAUGUUUGAGAUUGAGACCAACUGUGCUUUAAUAGGACCACUGUAUUGGAUCCAGUCAUUAGCAUUGUUUUAUUAUUGAUCUGGUUGAGAUUCUAAUCAUCUCUGAUGUGUUAAAAGAUUAUGAGUCAUGAAGGAUGCGUUUGAUCAAGUGGUGUUGAAGGUGUGCUGUCUUAAGUUAUGUUUCAGAUCUAUCCAGUAUUAUGUAUUUUGCUUUACUUGGCACUGCUUUGAAAGGUCUUUUGUAUACUUGAUGCAAUUGUGUUAUGAUCACGUGUUGGUGAAAGAAUCUUUUUGUAAAUGACAAUCAUGCAGAAAUGGAUCUGUUUACUUCAUUAAAUAAACAUGCUUUUAAGUGUUUUUGCAUGUUCUGCUUGGAGUGCAAUGUUUUUGUUAUUGCACAGGUUUUUUUUGCGGCCGACUGAAUAAUGUGACGUUUUGGGACAGGAUGAACAUUGUGUUGGACAGUCUGAAAUGCAGCGCUAAGUCUAUGUAUA